AAGGGGGAGUGUCUGAGUAAGCGAGAGUCACAACUCUGGUGUGCGAGCGUGUGCAUGUGUGGCUGUGUGAAACAGAGGGAACAGGAGAGGAGAGGCUUCAGCUGAUGCUCAGACGGCUCCCACCGCUGCUUGUACCACUGCUGAGGCUGCUGCGGUCGUGCUCUUGUGCAUGUGUGUGUGUGAGAGGCUGCGUCCAUGUGUGGUUAUGACACCGUGCGGUGUGUGUGCGUGGUACAGUGACGAUUGCUAAGGAGUGACUGAUGAGAACCAGCGCUCUGGCGUGGAGGGUGACCCCCUGUGUCCAUAAGACUGCUUGGGGAGAAUCGGACGUCUGGCGUUUCCACGACAACUAUAAUGGGCUGCAAUCUGUGCACUUUACAGAAGCAAGAGGAACACUACAAGCUGCUGUAUGAGAUUGCACAGGUGAAUGGGAAGGAGCUGUCCAAGUCCACCCAUGACGAGAGUGUGGAGACCUUCCGGGCUGCCAGGGAACCCGUUGUGGUGCAGGUCAUCAGGCGGACACCCAGCGGACGCCCACAUGGCCCCCUUCAGGAAAUCCAUGUGGUCGAUGUUUGCACGCAGACUGACAUCACGUUUGAACACAUUAUGGCGCUGGCAAAACUCCGGCCCUCCACCCCUCCUGUGCCUGACGUGUGUCCCUUCCUGCUCUCUGACAGCUGUCAUUCCCUUCAUACAAUGGACCAGGAUUUCUAUGAAGGGACAGAUUACCUCUCCCCCAUGCCGUUCGAUGGAGAGAGGACUGAAGAGUUUGAGUACGAGGAGGUGGAACUGUGUCGACUUAACAGCCAGGAGAAGUUGGGGCUAACUCUGUGCUACAGGACAGACGAGGAAGAUGAUGUUGCCAUCUUUGUCAGUGAGAUUAGUCCAAACAGCAUUGCUGCCAGGGACGGACAUAUCCGAGAAGGCGAUCGUAUUUUACAGAUUAAUGGCCAUGACGUGCAGGACAGAGAGGAAGCGGUGGCUGCGCUGUCCAGCGUAGACUGCAGGAACAUUGUACUGCUGGUUGCCAGACCUGAAAUACAGCUGGAGGAGGCCUGGCUGGAUGAUGAGCACAAUGAGUUCCUGGAGCAGCUGAAGAUGGAAAUGUUGGAGGAGCAGCAGAGAGAGGAAAUAGAAUUGGCUGCCCUUCAGGAGGAGCAGGAGAAUGAACGGAGAGUCGACGAUGACAAGCCCACCUGUUCUUCAAUCCAUCAUCAGAAAGACUGUAUAUCAAGUCUAAAAGACAGAUCGGAGAGCUCCGAGCACAAUGUUCUGGCACAUAUCCAGAGACGUUUAUCCCAGUGCCUCAGAGAAAACCGGGAAGCAUGCCGUAACAACGCUGCCACACAGCUGGACAAUAAAGACGAUGAGGAUGAUGAUGCAAAAGAAGGUGAUCGUUUCCAGCAGCUUUUGGAGCUGAAGUGUCAGAUUCGUAAUAGCGGCGAGUACGAUCUGUUCUACAGCCGCCGCAGCACCAUUGAGUGCAGCGUGGGUGAGCAGGCUGGGGUGCAGCAUGAGCUCCGAAUGCUGAAUGAGGAGCUACGCAGCAUUGAGCUUGAAUGUCAGAACAUCAUGCAGGCUCACAAGCUUCGAAACGGCCAGUCGUCUACAGGCCACUCUGGGCCCUCCAGCAAAAACCAAAGUCUCCACGGCGGCGAACCUACAAGGGGCAAGUUGGCUGACAUUAAUGAAAGGCUUGAGAAGUCAGACAAGGACAGCUCCAGUGCCUAUAACACAGCGGAGAGCUCACGAAGCACCCCUCUGGCGAUGGAUCGCUCCCCGGAGCACUCUCUCCAGAGGAUGGUCAGCCUCACCAACCAGAGAAACCUCUGCGGUGGCCUCACCGCUGGACACUCUCUCAGCCUGAGCCCCAUCCCACCGUGCCACGCUGCAGUCACCGGCAACAGCAGCCCCGACCACAGCAAUCCUUCCGAAUCGGACCAGACACCUCAGGGUGAGGACGGCACAAGAGGCAAAUUAAAGCCAUGUGCUUCCCCGAUUCCUUACUUCUCUCCGUCCCACAGUUCCCAGCAGAGAGAGGCUAACAUCCCAGCACAUGCCCGCCACUACCAGAGCUACAUGCAGCUGAUCCAGCAGCGCUCUGCUGUAGAGUACGCCCAGAGCCAGCUCAGCCUCCUCAGUGUGUGCAAAGAGCCCCAGAGGCCCGCUAAUGAGCCCAAGAUGGAGUGGAAGGUCAAGAUCCGUAGCGACGGCACGCGCUACAUCACCAAGAGGCCAGUGAGAGACAAGAUUCUGAGGGAGCGAGCCCUAAAGAUUAAAGAAGAGCGUAGUGGUGGAAUGACCACAGAUGAUGAUGCAAUGAGUGAAAUGAAGAUGGGGAGAUACUGGAGCAAAGAGGAGAGAAAGCAGCACGUGGUCAGGGCUAAAGAACAGAGAAAAAGACGAGAAUUCAUGCAGCGAAGCCGGCUGGAAAGUUUGAAGGAGAACCCUCAGAGCAGCAGCGAGGGGCGAAAGGAAGUCAGCAUUAUUGAGCUCAGCCACAAGAAGAUGAUGAAGAAACGCAACAAGAAGAUCCUGGACAACUGGAUGACCAUCCAGGAGCUGAUGACUCAUGGUGCUAAGGCCCCAGAAGGAGCCAAGGUGCACAAUGCCUUCCUGUCGGUCACUACUGUAUAAUAAAACACACACACACACACACACGUUCUACCCCAUGCGGUAUAAUAUACUUGCCUCGUUCAAUGUGGCAUUUUUAUGGAGGACAAUAGCAUAUUUUUCUCACUUUGUAACCCAGAAAGCAUUUUGUAAAGACUGUAUCAGUGGUAUCAUCAUAACAUUUUAUUUUUCAUGUUUUUCAGUCGUUUUUCACUUCACUCUUUGGGAGGGAAAGAAAACCUUUUCUAUGGAAUUAGUACAACACAAUUUUUGUUUGUUUGUUUUUUGUGUUUCACUCUGUACAUGCAUAUUUUAAUCCUUCAUAUUUGUGUUGCAGCUGUGUGAUUCAAGGUAGUCGUAUGAGCAUCUUCAGAAAAAUGUUAUUUCAUUUUCAGGAUCAAAAGGUGUCUUAAUAAACAUGCAUGCCAGUUGCAAAAAAAAAAAAAAAAAAAAAAAAAUCAACACUAAUAUCAUGGCUUAUCCUUCAAACCAGAGGCACACCAGUUUUACAAAUGAUAAUUAAAUGACAAAAAAAAGACAACACAGAGAUUGAGAAUAAAUAGCAGUGCUCA